AUGAGUUCACCGAUAGUUCUUGAUCAAGGUACUGGUUUUGUCAAGAUUGGUCGAGCAGGAACCAAUUUCCCUGAUUAUACAUUUCCUUCAAUGGUUGGUAGACCUAUAUUAAGAGCAGAAGAAAGAAAUCUUUUGGUACCAGAUGACAUAGAGAUAAAAGAUAUAAUGUGUGGGUCAGAAGCAAGUCAAGUAAGAUCAUUAUUACAAAUCAAUUACCCCAUGGAAAAUGGUAUUAUAAAAAAUUGGGAAGAUAUGGAACAUUUAUGGGAUUAUGCAUUUUAUGAUAAAAUGAAAUUAAAUCCUCAAGGUCAAAAAAUAUUAUUAACUGAACCACCAAUGAAUCCUUUGAAAAAUAGAGAAAUCAUGUGUCAAGUUAUGUUUGAAAAAUAUGGAUUUGGAGGAGUAUAUGUGGCAAUACAGGCCGUGUUAGCUUUAUAUGCACAAGGUUUAAGUUCAGGGGUGGUUGUUGAUUCAGGUGAUGGUGUUACACAUAUUGUUCCAGUUUAUGAAUCAGUAGUAUUAAAUCAUUUAACAAAAAGAUUAGAUGUUGCAGGAAGAGAUGUUACAAGACACCUAAUCAACUUAUUGUUUCGUAGAGGAUAUGCAUUCAAUAGAACUGCAGAUUUUGAAACUGUACGUCAAAUUAAAGAAAAAUUAUGUUAUGUAAGUUAUGAUUUAGGAUUUGAUGCAAAAUUAGCUAAUGAAACUACUACAUUAGUUGAAUCUUAUGAAUUACCAGAUGGUAGAGUUAUAAAAGUUGGUAGUGAAAGAUUCGAAGCUCCUGAAUGUUUAUUUCAACCUCAUUUAGUAGAUGUUGAACAACCAGGUGUUGGAGAAACUUUAUUUAAUACAAUACAAGCAGCUGAUGUUGAUGUUAGAUCAUCACUUUUCAAAGCAAUUGUAUUAUCAGGUGGUUCAUCAAUGUAUCCAGGAUUACCUUCAAGAUUAGAAAAAGAAUUAAAACAAUUAUGGUUAACAAAAGUAUUACAUGGAGAUCCAACAAGAUUGGAAAAAUUUAAAGUAAGAAUUGAAGAUCCUCCAAGAAGAAAACAUAUGGUAUUUAUUGGUGGUGCAGUAUUGGCUAAUAUAAUGGCAGAUAAAGAUCAUAUGUGGAUAUCAAAACAAGAAUGGGAAGAACAAGGGCCAAGAGUUUUAGAGAAGUUAGGACCUAGAUAA